GGAGGACAUGGCCUCGGCAGAGUUGCAGGGGAAGUACCAGAAGCUGGCUCAGGAGUACUCGAAGCUUCGGGCUCAGAAUCAGGUCCUUAAAAAAGGUGUUGUGGAUGAACAAGCAAAUUCUGCUGCUUUAAAGCUAAAUCCAUCUGGAUUAAUGGGGCUUCUCAUCUGUGAUCAUCUCCAGACAGCACUUGAAGGGGGCUAUGUUGUAUUCAUAUUUGUAUCCCUGGCACUGAGCAGAUGGAACAACUGAAAAUGAAGGAUCAGUCUUUGAGGAAACUACAACAGGAAAUGGACAGUUUGACAUUUCGAAAUCUGCAGCUUGCCAAGAGAGUAGAACUACUUCAAGAUGAACUUGCACUAAGUGAGCCUCGAGGCAAGAAAAACAAGAAAAGUGGAGAGUCUUCUCAGUUGAGCCAAGAGCAGAAGAGUGUCUUUGAUGAAGAUCUGCAAAAGAAGAUAGAAGAAAAUGAACGGUUGCAUAUACAGUUUUUCGAAGCUGAUGAACAGCACAAGCAUGUGGAAGCAGAGCUGCGGAGUCGACUGUCUGCUCUGGAGACGGAAGCCGCCCAGCACCAAGCUGUGGUUGAUGGCCUGACACGGAAGUACAUGGAAACCAUCGAGAAACUGCAGAAUGACAAAGCUAAGCUAGAAGUAAAAUCUCAGACUCUAGAAAAGGAGGCCAAGGAGUGUCGACUUCGAACAGAAGAAUGUCAAUUACAGUUAAAGAGUCUUCAUGAAGAUUUGUCAGGUAGAUUAGAGGAAUCCUUAUCAAUCAUCAAUGAAAAAGUACCUUUUAAUGAUACAAAAUAUAGUCAGUAUAACGCGCUCAAUGUUCCACUCCACAAUAGAAGGCAUCAGCUGAAGAUGCGAGAUAUUGCUGGGCAGGCCCUGGCUUUUGUUCAAGAUCUUGUGACAGCUCUUCUGAACUUUCACACCUAUACAGAACAGAGGAUUCAGAUUUUUCCUGUUGAUUCUGCCAUAGACACUAUAUCGCCAUUGAAUCAAAAGUUCUCACAGUACCUUCAUGAAAAUGCAUCUUAUGUCCGCCCCCUUGAGGAAGGAAUGCUUCACUUAUUUGAAAGUAUUACAGAGGAUACUGUGACUGUCCUGGAGACAACCGUGAAAUUGAAAACGUUUUCAGAGCACCUAACCUCCUACAUAUGUUUCCUUAGGAAGAUUCUUCCUUACCAAUUAAAAAGUUUAGAAGAAGAAUGUGAAUCUUCUCUUUGCACAUCUGCAUUAAGAGCAAGAAAUCUAGAGCUGUCUCAGGACAUGAAAAAGAUGACAGCUGUGUUUGAGAAGUUACAGACUUACAUUACUCUUCUUGCCUUGCCAAGUACAGAGCCAGAUGGACUCCUUCGAACAAACUAUAGUUCUGUUUUAACAAAUGUUGGUGUUGCUCUGCAUGGUUUUCAUGAUGUCAUGAAAGAUAUUUCUAAACAUUACAGUCAAAAAGCUACAAUAGAGCAUGAACUUCCAACAGCAACACAGAAGCUGAUAACAACUAAUGACUGUAUCCUGUCAUCAGUAGUGGCAUUAACAAAUGGAGCAGGAAAGAUUGCAUCUUUCUUCAGCAACAAUGUGGACUACUUCAUUGCUUCACUGAGCUAUGGGCCUAAGGCAUCAAGUGGAUUCAUUAGUCCUCUUUCAGCGGAAUGUAUGCUACAAUACAAGAAAAAAGCUGCUGCGUAUAUGAAGGCUUUGAGAAAGCCCCUCUUGGAGUCUGUGCCUUAUGAGGAAGCACUGGCAAACCGCCGGGUCCUUCUCAGCUCUACUGAAAGUCGAGAAGGCCUUGCACAACAGGUUCAACAGAGUUUGGAAAAGAUUUCUAAACUGGAGCAGGAAAAAGAACAUUGGAUGUUGGAAGCACAGUUAGCCAAAAUCAAGCUAGAGAAAGAAAACCAGCGGAUCGCAGAUAAGCUGAAGAGUACAGGUAGUGGGCAGCUGGUUGGGCUGGCCCAAGAAAAUGCUGCCUUGUUGAACACUACUGGCCAGGUUGAAGUGGUAGCCAAGGCUGUGUUGGAGCCUAUUCAGAGCACCAGUCUGAUUGGGACUUUAACCAGGACAUCUGACAGUGAGGUUCCAGAUGUGGAGUCUCGAGAAGACUUAAUUAAAAAUCACUACAUGGCAAGGAUAGUGGAGCUUACAUCCCAGCUGCAGCUGGCUGACAGUAAGUCAGUGCAUUUUUAUGCCGAGUGCCGAGCACUCACUAAAAGACUAGCCUUGGCUGAGAAGUCUAAGGAGGCAUUGACAGAGGAGAUGAAACUUGCCAGUCAGAAAAUCAGCAGACUUCAGGAUGAACUGACAACCACCAAGAGGAGUUACGAGGAUCAGUUAAGCAUGAUGAGUGACCAUCUGUGCAGCAUGAAUGAGACAUUGUCAAAACAGAGAGAAGAGAUUGAUACCCUGAAGAUGUCCAGUAAGGGAAAUUCAAAAAAGAACAAGAGUCGAUAGUUCACAAAUAGCUGGUUGGUGACUGUUCUUUCCAGAGCUGCUGCUACUGCUGCUGCACAGAGCUGCAGGCCGAGACUCCACGUCCAGUGCUGGCAGCUUCGGGAAGCUGAAGUGUUGCUGGACCUAGUAAACUAGUCAGUGUUGUAAAUGGCCUUGAAACAUUUAAAAUAUAUUUGUAACCAGUAAGGCAAAUACAGAAUUUGAUGUUGACAGUAAAAUGGAAAACAGUACACAUACCAUGGAUAUUAUAGGUUUCCUUAUGCUGUUUUUACUGUGCAAUUUUUAAAAUUAGGUUUUAAUUUCAGUAUGUAAGAAUAACAAAUAUUUUGUAUAUUUUCAAACUCAAUUAUAUGGUAAUCAAUUUGGUAUCUAUGGAAUAGAUAUGUUUCUGGAUAAAAUGCUUAAAUUGUCAAACUGUCAUUACUUCUUAUUAUAAUUGAAAGCAGUCUCCAGAUUCUUUUUUAAAGAUUUAUUCAUAUUCUCUAUCUCUCCCUCUCUGUCUUGGAGGGAGUGAGUCUUGCAAACUUCAGAUCCUGUGGGUUUAUUAUCAUUGUCUUCAGCUCUUAAGUACCCUCUCUGUGUUAAAAUAAUAGCUAAAGAAAAUUCAUGUCAAUAAAUUCAUACUUAUGUCAAA